AUGCAUCGAGUACGACCACGACUCAGCGCCUUCCGCCCUGCGCCUCGUUUGCCCCAGCAUGCACACCAAUCCUUCCGCACCCACUCACAAACACGCGCCUACCAACAACUCCCCUUCGGCGGUCGAGGCAAUGGCCCCCAGUACAAACGCUUCAGCGCACAGUCUGGCGGCAUAUCUGGUCUCCUGUAUCGCUGGGCCCAACGCCCAACUUUCUACCGCGACGUUGGCCUGAUCAGCGCAGGCACCGGUGGCGUUUACCUGUACAACCUCGAACAAGUGCCCGUUUCCGGUCGCCGUCGGUUCAACAUCAUCUCACCUGGUAUCGAAGAAGCGCUGGGGCAGCAAUCCGUCGAACAAGUCCGACAAGAAUACCAAGGCAGGAUAUUAUCGGAUAGCGAUGCGAGAGUCCGGCAGGUGAAGAGGGUUCUGGAGCGGUUAUUGCCGUAUGCCGAGGGUGAAGGGCUCAAAGAUCUGAACUGGGAAGUCACAGUCAUCGAGUCUCCGGAGCAAAACGCUUUUGUUGCGCCUGGGGGGAAAGUCUUUGUUUUCACAGGGAUUCUGCCGUUGUGCAGGGACGAAGAUGGCAUUGCGGCGGUGUUGGGCCAUGAGAUUGCGCAUGUCGUUGCGCAUCAUACCGCUGAACGCAUGUCCCAAGCCCCUUUGAUUCUCCUCGGCGCCCUCGCCCUAUCUAUGUUCGAUGUGUCCUUCUACUCAGGCAAAAUGCUCCUCGAUCUCUUCCUCUCCAUGCCCGCAUCGCGCAAACACGAAGCCGAGGCUGAUUACAUUGGCCUCUUGAUGAUGGCGCAAGGUUGCUAUCGACCAGAAGCCGCGAUGCAGUUCUGGACGCGCAUGGAGAAGGCGGGCGGGGCGGGCCCGCCGCAGAUACUGAGUACACACCCGAGUCACCACAACAGAGAAGAGAAGAUUAGGGAAUGGCUACCCCAGGCUAUGGAGAAGGCUGAAGCGAGCGACUGUGCAGUCACAAGUCAACUAGCUACUCAGUUUAGCUCCGCGAUUGAUGGCUUUGGACGUUGGUGA